UUAUUUAUUUUUUGCCUCACAUUUUCUGGGGGGCCCUGGGCUAGUCCUUUCCCAUCUAUUUCCCCAUUUGGAUUGAACUAAAGACUCCCCCACCCCCUCUCUUUUUUUCUUUUUCCCUAAAUAUUUGAGCAAAGGAUCCAUUUUGAGAAGAUGAUGGAACUUCUCUUGAGAAAAAUACAAAAAAAAAUUUUUGGUUACAAUGUUGGGAGGUUUACAGAUCUGCCAGAGUCCAUCCAUGGAACCAAAUUAGGUGAUCAAUAGUAAUAAAAAUAGCAGGUAGCAUUACAUGUUUAUUACAGGCCAGGGGCUUGGCAGAGUGGUAUACAUCAUGAUCUUGUGAAGUCUGUUCAACAACCCUGUGAGGUAGGUACCAUUAUUAUUAUUCUGUUUUACAGAUGGGGAAACUGAGGAAGCCUAGAGAGGUGGAGUGAUUUGCCCAAAGUCAAAGCUGGAAUUGGAGCCUGGGUCUGUCAGCUCGAGAGCCCAAGAUCAUCACCGCUAAAAUUAAGGCUAGGAUUCUAGUAUGGAGGACGGGGACAUGGCAGGGAGGGGUCAGAUGUGGGAGGAUUUUCAAAGAAAGCUGUGGAAACGCACAGCUAGAGGUGAACUGUGGAAAAGGAUAGUGGUACCACUCAGUCCCAAGGUGAUAGGUGGUUGGAAGCGAGGAGCUAGAGAUGAAGACUCCAUUUGAAACUCCCUGGUCUAGCUUCUGGGGGGGGCUGGGGGAGGGUACCUGUCCCACAUGACUCCCAGGUAAGUGACUUGCUCUGGAGACUGCUGGGAAGAAGUAGGGUAUGGGGCUACUCUGUCUUCUAGGUCAGAUUAUGCUCUGCCCCCUUGGCAAGAGAGGACUUACUCCUGACUCUUUGACUCAGCCUCCAGUGCGAUCUCUGGUAUCUACCCUCCCUUCCCAUUCCCAAGGCCAUUAGGAAGGGCCAGUGGGCUUUGAUCCCUCUAGGGGAGCUCAGAAGUGGAGACACCCUUUCCAUCCCAGAAAAGAGUAUUGGGGCCCAUCUCCCGAGAUGAGAGUGGAAUCUGGACCCAAGCAGCAUGUGGUGCAUGUUAGGCUCUGGUUUAGACCCUGGUCAGCAGUACCAUCUGGAAGGAGGUAAUCUAGAUUAGACUAGGGCAUAGCCUUAGGCUGGAAUCUAGAUUUAUGGUGGGUUGGACUUGGCCAUCUAGAACAGAGGUUGGCAAACCUUCUGUAAAGAGUUCGAUAAUACACAUUUUAGGCUAUAGACCAUUGGGUGUUGGUCAUGACUACUCAACUUUGCCAUUGUACCUUGAAAGCAGUCAUAGACAAUGCAUAAAUGAAUGAGCAUGGCUGUGUUCCCAUCAAACUGUUUUUAUAAACAGCAGGUUGGAUUUGGCUCUUGGGCCAUAGUUUGCCAACUCUUGAUCUAGAACCUCAUUCUUCCUAAGGAUGUCUAGAUCUUAAAUGUUACUAGACAGUGAUCUAAGCAAAUAAGGUUGUGGCCUCAGGCUAUCAGGCCGGUUAACAUGGAAAACAGUCCAUACCACACUCUUGCUGGGAUCCAGAUAUUGAGAAUUGGUGAACAAGACAUGUAAUAGACAGUGGUUUAAAGCAGACUAAGCCGUAAUCUCUGGCUGAGCCUAGAUUCACAGAAAGCUGGGGUGGGGUGGUGUGGGGUGGUGAGAUUUAGACCAACACGUAAGGUUGUGGUCUGAAUAUAGGGAAGUGGGUGAGCUAAAGCCACACAGAUAUUGAUCUAGAGCAGGCAAAGUCUUGGCCCUAAGCCAGAGUACCAUAUGAUCUAGAACAACACUGUCCAAUAGAAAUGUAAUGGGAGCCAUACACGUAACCUAAAUUUUCUAGUAGUCACAUUAAACAAAAUUAAAAGUGAUAAAUGAAUUGAUGUUAAUAAUGUAUUUCAUGUAACCCAAUAUACCCAAAACAUUACCGUUUUAACAUAUAAUCAUUAUAAAAUAGUUUCCUUUUUUUCUUCUUCUUUGUAUUUAGGCUUCCAAACCUGAUGCAUAUUCUGUGCUUACGACAUGUCUUAAUUCCAACUAGCCACAUUCCCAGUGCUCAAGUUAGUUUCCACCAUAUUGGGCAGCACAGGUUUAGAAAUGGGCUUUUCUUUGGGACCAGGAUCCAGAUGAGUCAUGAGCCAGAAUGAUCUGGAGUGAAUAGAGUUGGACACGCCAGGGGUUAUACUCUUAGCGGACUUGAAGUGGAUGUAGACUGGCUCACCCUAGGGGAGCAUUUAGGCUCUGGGUUGGGAGUUGGGAGGGGGUCCCUCCUUUGCAGUCCUGACCAAGUGGCCUCCAGCUCUUCCCUCCCUCAUCCCAGAGUCACCUCCGACUCUGGAGUCUGGUCUGGCCUGGCAGGUGGGGGUGGGGCAGGGUAGCAGCUGGACCCUUGAGGGAGCAGGAGCUCCACCCCUCCAAGCCAGCUGCUGCCAGCCUUCCUGGACUGACUGUGUGGAAACAGGGGGCCCAGAGACAGAAAUAAACUGCCAGGUUUCCGGGGCGGAGUGGGGGGCCUGCCAGCCUUUGUGCUUCCUUGCUGGAGGGAGGGGGGGCAGGAAGCAACUCCAUGCCCUGUCCCAGGCUGUUACCCCUCUGUGCCAUCUCCCCUCACCCCCAGGUGCCUUCACUCCCAUGGCUCUGAGGCUAGGCUAAGUCUAGAAUUUGGUGGGUUAGUGAACCCUGUGGGCCCAGGAGCCUGGGUCAGACCCUUGGGAACCAAGGGUGAUCCCCAGGGCCCUAGACAAAGCUUUGUGGCCAUGGGGAUAGUGCCUAUGUGCUCAUUUCUAGGACUCCAUCCCAGGGAAACCUGCUAGCUACCCCAGGGCAGAAGCUGAACAGAUUCAGAGGGUUGCCCUGGGGUAUUAGACUAGGAAUUGGAAGAUCUGCAUUGGAUGCUCACCUCUGCCACUAACUGGCCAAAGGCAACUUUGGCAAAUCACACGUUGAGCCUGUUUCCUUCCCUCUAAGAAGGGUGUUUGUCCUGCUGAUCUCAGGGCACUGUGCUUCAAUAGUUAACUCAGACUCUGGAGCCAAAGUUUAUCUGACUCUGGCCUCUGCCAUUGUGUGAACUUUAGCAGGUCACUUAACCUUCCUGAGCCUCAGUUUCUUCAUCAGCAAAAAGGGGAUAUUACCUACUUUAUGGGAACCUUAUAAUGAAGUGAGUUAAUACAUGCAGGGCAAGUACUCAGUGUUGGCUAUUACCAGUGGGUAGUUGAUAAGUUCAGUUGAGUUGUAAGUGAAAAUACAUUAUUCACAUGCGAGGGAUUCUUCCCCUGAAAAGAGUUCUCUCGGACCCCCUCAUUUUAUAAAUGGAAAAACUGAGGCCCUCAAAAGGGAAGGUGUUUUGCCCAGAGAGGCACACAGCAAGUAAAACCUUUAUUCGGUACCCACCAUAUAAAGCCAGGUAGCACAUCCCCAAUUUACAGGUAAGGAAAUCGAGGCCGAUGAUUGGCCACUGGUGCACAGUGGCGCUAUCCAGUGAGGCCUGAGUCCGCCGCUGGGGAGGGAGUGCCCAGGCCAUCCGUGCUCACCCGAGGAGGGGCGUACAGGUAGCGGGCGCCCUGGAGCCGCCGCCCGAGCCAGGCGCGCUAUUAAUAAUCCCGCCGCUACGCCCGCCCGAGAGCGCAGGUCCGGACCGCCGCCGGGCGCCUCCCGGGCCUGGGCCGGGGCCUGAGCCCGAGCCGGAUCGCGGCGGCCCUCCCCUUCCCCCGCCACGUGACACCCCCCCCCCCCCCCCGACUCCGCGGGCAGCCGAGGGCCCGGGCUGGCGGAGGGCGGGCCGGGGGCCAGGAAAAAGCCGAAAACACCGAGGCUGGGCCGCUCCCCUCCCGCUCAAAAUAGCCCCCGGCCGGGGCUGCCACGCAUUCCGCCGGGCCCGGGGCGCGGGAAGGGGCGGCCGGCCGGCCCCCGCCCGGCCCGACGUGGCUGCCUCGCCGGGUUGGAGGGGGGGGGGGCGAGGGCGGGCCGCGCGGCCGGCCGGCAUGUGGCUCUCCUUCGGGGAGCCUUGGCAGCCCGGACUGCGCGCUGCGCCGGGAUGAUGGAGAGCUUCUGGAAUUUCCUGCAGCUGGAGAGCGCGGCCGGCCGGGGGAGCGGGCUGAGCGCGCGGCUCGGGAAGGGGCGCCUCGAAGCCCGACCCUAGGGGGCGCCUCCGCGGCGAGGGCCGUGGGGGGACAUCUCUUUACCCGCCCCCAGGCCGCUGGAGUGGAGGGCGGCACACCUCCCCUCCCCCCGCCGCUCUUCGCGGGUCUGGCGGGGGUCCAGUCCCGCCCCUCCCGGCCUGGGCGGCGGAGAGGGGCCAGGUGCAGGCAACGCCCCUCCCCCAGCCGCCUGGUUUCCCUCUCGGCCCGUCACCUCCUCCAGGAGUCAGAAGCUCCACGGCCUCAUCUGGGAGGGGGGUGGGGGGGUGGCAGGGAUCAGGGGGCAGCGCCGGCCUGCCAGGUAGCCGGAGAGGCGGCGGCGGCGGCGGGAAAACUCGGAGGCGGACUGUUCCGGCCCGAGAACUGCUGGGCCUACGGACCAGAGCCUCCUGCUCGAGCAAGAGGAGCCCCAGGGCUUCUAGGAGGGAGGCGAGGCCGUCUUCUCCCAACACCCCCCCCCCGCCACUCCCCUCAUCCCCCCGCAACUGCCGAGCGGGUGGGGGGCGGACGUGCCGGAAAAAUCCUGGACAGUUUUCUGGACGUUGGCGGCAGCUUUCUUUGGGGGCAGCUCUGCACCUUGCAGGUCCUGAAGUCCAGAAAAGGGCUCCGGGAGGGAGGGGGUUCCUUUUACAGGAGCCCUGAGAUCCAGGGGAGUAGAUGGGAGCUUGCCUACCUGUCUACCCAUUGGCCUGGACCCCAGAGCCUGCCCAGCUAAGUGCGUGCAGAGGGCCCCGGUUUCGGGGCAACUCUCAGGCUGCCGCAGGGACUACCCUGGAAUCACUGGUGAAGACAGGCCUUUCCUGCUGAGUCGGACCUUGUCUGCAUAGCCUGCUCAGGCGCUGUCCACGCCCCGAGGCCUGGGCUCAGGCCGAAGCUGCUCCCCAGCACCCCCAGCUGACAGCCAGCAACCGGCAGAGCCCCCAGGCACGGGGGCCCUCUCUCUCCCAGAGAUCUCCAGUGUGACAGCCCAGGCGGCAGAGCCGAGGGUCUUGGUCCCGGCUUCUCGCACCCUCAUGUCAGCCCCGGCCCCGCCCGGCGGCCCGCGGAGGACAAGGUCAGGAUGCGUGUGAAGCCCCAGGGCCUGGUGGUGACUUCCAGUGCCGUGUGCAGCUCUCCUGACUACCUCCGGGAGCCCAAGUACUACCCCGGCGGCCCCCCUACCCCACGGCCCUUGCUUCCUACCCGGCCCCCUGCCAGCCCACCCGACAAGGCCUUCGCCCACACCUUCUCCGAGAACCCACGCCCACCCCCACGCCGGGACCCCAGCACCCGGCGCCCACCAGUCCUUGCCAAGGGGGACGACCCGCUGCCCCCAAGGGCGGCCCGUCCCGUCUCACAGGCCCGCUGCCCCACACCCGCGGGAGACGGCAACAGCUCCCGACGUCGCUGGGACAACGGGCGGGUGAACCUGCGUCCAGUGGUGCAGCUGAUUGACAUCAUGAAGGACCUGACGCGACUCUCCCAAGACCUGCAGCAUAGCGGUGUGCACCUGGACUGCGGUGGCCUCCGACUCAGCCGCCCACCUGCCCCGCCCCCUGGUGACCUUCAGUACAGCUUCUUCUCCUCACCCAGCCUGGCCAACAGCAUCCGCAGCCCUGAGGAGCGGGCCACCCCCCAUGCUAAGUCCGAGAGGCCCAGCCACCCACUCUAUGAGCCUGAGCCCGAGCCUAGGGACAGCCCCCAGCCUGGUCAAGGCCAUAGUCCCGGAGCCACGGCCGCGGCCACCGGUCUGCCCCCAGAGCCUGAGCCAGACGGCCCUGAUUACUCAGAACUUGCUGACGCCGACAUCCUUAGCGAGCUGGCCUCCCUAACUUGCCCCGAGGCCCAGCUGCUGGAGGCCCAGGCCCUUGAGCCACCAUCUCCUGAGCCAGAGCCUCAGCUCCUGGACCCCCAGCCCCGCUUCCUGGACCCACAGGCUCUAGAGCCGCUCGGGGAAGCUUUGGAGCUGCCACCCCUGCAACCUCUUGCUGAUCCUCUGGGGCUGCCAGGCCUGGCUCUCCAGGCCCUGGAUACCCUGCCCGACUCCCUGGAGUCGCAGCUGCUUGACCCUCAGGCACUUGACCCCCUGCCCAAGUUGCUUGAUGUCCCUGGCCGCCGUCUGGAGCCUCAGCAGCCCCUGGGGCCCUGCCCACUGGCUGAGCCCUUGCGCCUGGACUUGUGCUCACCCCACGGCCCCCAUGGGCCUGAGGGUCACCCCAAGUACGCCUUGCGGCGCACUGAUAGGCCAAAGAUCCUGUGUCGCCGGCGGAAAGCUGGACGGGGACGCAAGGCAGACGCUGGACCAGAGGGCCGCCUGCUGCCCCUGCCUAUGCCCACAGGGCUGGCAGCUGCCCUGGCCGAGCCCCCGCCGCCGCCACCUCCGCCACCUCCUGCCCUGCCGGGCCCAGGCCCAGUCCCAGAGCUGGAGCCAGAAUCUUCCCAGACUCCAGUAGCCCCUACCCGCAAAGGCAAGUGCCGGGGUGUGCGGCGCAUGGUGGUGAAGAUGGCCAAAAUCCCUGUAUCACUGGGGCGGCGGAACAAGACCACAUACAAGGUGUCAUCCUUGAGCAGCAGCCUCAGUGUGGAGGGCAAGGAGCUGGGCCUACGCGUGUCAGCCGAGCCCACCCCGCUGCUGAAGAUGAAGAACAAUGGACGGAACGUGGUGGUGGUUUUCCCGCCCGGGGAGAUGCCCAUUAUUCUUAAGCGUAAACGCGGCCGCCCUCCUAAGAACCUGCUUCUGGGUCCCGGCAAGCCCAAGGAGCCAGCGGUGGUAGCGGCUGAAGCGGCCACCGUGGCAGCGGCCACCAUGGCCAUGCCAGAGGUGAAGAAACGGCGGCGGCGGAAGCAGAAGCUGGCAUCUCCCCAGCCAUCCUACGCAGCAGACGCCAAUGACAGUAAGGCCGAGUACUCUGACGUCCUCGCCAAGCUGGCCUUCCUGAACCGCCAGAGCCAGUGCGCUGGGCGGUGCUCACCCCCCCGCUGCUGGACACCCAGCGAGCCCGAGUCGGUACACCAGGCACCCGACACCCAGAGCAUCUCCCACUUCCUGCACCGUGUGCAGGGCUUCCGACGGCGUGGUGGUAAAGCAGGCGGUUUUGGUGGCCGGGGUGGGGGCCAUGCAGCCAAGGCAGCCCGAUGCUCCUUCAGUGACUUCUUCGAGGGCAUCGGCAAGAAAAAGAAAGUGGUGGCAGUGACAGCUGCUGGCGUUGGGGGUCCCAGCCUCACCGAAUUGGGGCACCCACGCAAACGGGGCCGGGGGGAGGUGGACGCCAUGACUGGGAAGCCCAAGCGCAAGAGGCGGUCCCGGAAGAACGGGACUCUGUUCCCAGAACAGGUGCCUAGUGGCCCAGGCUUUGGGGAGGCAGGCACCGAGUGGGCCGGGGACAAGGGUGGCGGCUGGGCCCCUCACCAUGGGCACCCAGGCGGGCAAGCCGGCCGAAACUGUGGGUUCCAGGGGACCGAGGCCCAGGCCUUUGCCUCCACUGGACUAGAGAGCGGGGCUUCAGGCCGCGGCAGCUACUACAGCACAGGUGCACCUGCGGGUCAGACCGAGCUCAGCCAGGAGCGCCAAAACCUCUUCACCGGCUAUUUUCGCUCACUGCUCGAUUCGGAUGACUCCUCCGACCUCUUAGACUUUGCCCUCUCAGCCUCUCGCCCCGAGUCCCGGAAGGCAUCAGGCACCUACGCAGGGCCCCCCACCAGCACCCUGCCCUCCCAGCGGGGCCUGGCCACCUUCCCCAGCCGGGGAGCCAAGGCCAGCCCAGUGGCUGUGGGCAGCAGCGGGGCUGGUGCGGACCCCUCCUUCCAGCCCGUCUUACCCUCUCGCCAGACCUUCCCACCAGGCCGGGCAGCGAGCUAUGGGAUAACUCCGGCCACUUCAGACUGCCGGGCAGCCGAGACCUUCCCGAAACUGGCUCCCCCACCUUCAGCUGUGGCCCGCUCACCUACCACCCACCCACCCACCAACACCUACCCACCCCAAUAUGGCGGCUACGGGGCUGGACAAAGUGUUUUUGCCCCGGCUAAGCCCUUUACGGGCCAGGACUGUGCUAACAGCAAGGACUGCAGCUUCGCCUACGGCAGCGGCAACAGCCUGCCUGCCUCUCCCAGCAGCGCCCACAGCGCCGGCUACGCCCCACCGCCUACUGGUGGCCCCUGCCUGCCACCCAGCAAGGCCUCCUUCUUCAACAGCUCUGAGGGGGCCCCCUUCUCUGGCUCAGCCCCCACACCCCUGCGCUGUGACAGCCGGGCCAGCACCGUCUCACCCGGCGGCUACAUGGUACCCAAGGGCACCACCGCCUCUGCCACCUCUGCUGCCUCUGCCGCCUCCUCCUCCUCCUCCUCCUUCCAGCCCUCGCCUGAAAACUGUCGGCAGUUUGCGGGGGCUUCUCAGUGGCCUUUCCGGCAGGGCUAUGGAGGCCUGGACUGGGCCUCGGAGGCCUUCAGUCAGCUCUACAAUCCCGGUUUCGACUGCCACGUCAGCGAGCCCAACGUGAUCCUGGACAUCUCCAACUACACGCCGCAGAAGGUGAAGCAGCAGACGGCCGUGUCCGAGACCUUCUCUGAAUCAUCCUCCGACAGCACCCAGUUCAAUCAACCGGUCGGCGGCGGUUUUCGGCGUGCCAACAGCGAGGCCUCGAGCAGCGAGGGCCAGUCGAGCCUGUCCAGCCUGGAGAAACUAAUGAUGGACUGGAAUGAGGCGUCCUCUGCCCCCGGCUACAACUGGAACCAGAGCGUCCUCUUCCAGAGCAGCUCCAAGCCGGGCCGUGGACGGCGGAAGAAGGUGGACCUGUUCGAGGCCUCACAUCUGGGCUUUCCAUCGUCCGCCUCGGCCACUGCCUCAGGCUACCCGUCCAAACGGAGCACCGGGCCCCGGCAACCACGAGGUGGACGGGGUGGUGGGGCCUGCUCAGCCAAGAAGGAGCGAGGCGGUGCAGCAGCCAAAGCCAAGUUCAUCCCCAAGCCGCAGCCAGUCAACCCCCUGUUCCAGGACAGCCCGGACCUUGGCCUGGACUACUACAGUGGAGACAGCAGCAUGUCGCCACUGCCGUCCCAGUCAAGGGCCUUUGGUGUGGGUGAGCGAGACCCUUGUGACUUCAUGGGACCCUACUCCAUGAACCCGUCCACCCCUUCUGACGGCACCUUCGGCCAAGGCUUCCACUGCGACUCGCCCAGCCUGGGUGCUCCUGAGUUAGACGGCAAGCAUUUCCCGCCUCUGGCCCACCCACCCACGGUGUUUGAUGCUGGCCUGCAGAAGGCGUACUCACCCACCUGCUCACCCACACUGGGCUUCAAGGAGGAGCUGCGGCCGCCACCCACAAAGCUGGCUGCCUGCGAGCCCCUCAAGCAUGGGCUCCAGGGGGCCAGCCUGGGCCACGCAGCUGCAGCCCAGGCCCAUCUUAGCUGUCGGGACCUGCCACUGGGCCAGCCCCACUAUGACUCCCCCAGCUGCAAGGGCACAGCUUAUUGGUACCCGCCAGGCUCAGCUGCCCGCAGCCCGCCCUAUGAAGGGAAGGUGGGUACGGGGCUGCUGGCUGACUUCCUGGGCAGGACGGAGGCCGCGUGCCUCAGUGCCCCACACCUGGCUAGCCCGCCGGCCACGCCCAAGGCCGACAAGGAGCCACUGGAGAUGGCCCGGCCGCCUGGCCCACCCCGUGGCCCCGCUGCUGCCGCUGCUGGCUAUGGCUGCCCACUCCUUAGUGACUUGACCCUGUCCCCUGUGCCGAGGGACUCGCUGCUGCCCCUGCAGGAUACCGCCUACAGGUAUCCAGGCUUUAUGCCGCAGGCGCAUCCCGGCCUGGGUGGGGGCCCCAAGAGCGGCUUCCUGGGGCCCAUGGCGGAACCUCACCCUGAGGACACAUUCACCGUCACCUCCCUGUAGUGCCAACUGAAGUGCCGACUGGACCUCGAGGUUUUGUUCCUGGCUUUCAGAAAACCAACGCCAAGACCCCUCCCAGCGUCCACAUUGUCCUCCGGCAGGAGCGCCUGCCCCUCUGCCUCCCGCCCCCCCCCCCCCCCCCGUACCCCUUGCACUCCCACAUCCCCCCACCUCUCCCUGCCCAUCUCCUCCACGCAGAAGCCGAAGGUGAGCCCUUUCUGCACAAAACCAGCAAUUGUAAAUACUUUUUAAAAAUGUACAAAACUUAAAAACAAAACACAGUUUUAGAAAAAGACAAAAAAAAAAAGAGAGAGAGAGAGAGAGCGAGCGUGUGCAAGAGGUUGCGAGCGGGGCCCCGAGGUGUCCAGAGCCCCUGCAAGUAUGCACUGAGAAAUUUAUCUACAGGUCGUUUGACAAAAAUGAACAAUAUCCUAUUUAUUGUAUAUACUGUUUUAUUAUAAAUCGUGGAUUGUAUAUUG